UUGUUUAGUUGUGAUUUUAAUUACGUGUUUUCAAUUGUGUUAUUUGUGUUUUAUUAGUGAUAUUUGUGAAAAAUUGACGAAAAUUAGAGGUUAUUUCAUAUGUGUUUAUUAUUACGACCAUAUUAUAACGCACAGAGAUGAAAAACUAUCCUCAUGGAAUGAACGGAAUUUUGAGAGUUGAAAGAGCAGUUCCACCAAAUCUUAGAGGUUACAAAAAAAUGAGCGUCUUCCCUAGAGUAGGAAGAUCUGAAUCUAUGAUAGAUGCGGAGGAAGUACCACCUUUCAUACUGACAUUUUUAAACUAUGCUUAUGCAGCAUUACCUGAAAAUUAUAGAGAUUAUGUAAUGGUUCAAUUAGACAAAGAACCCAGAAGUUUCGAUGAAGUUUUAAACAUUCCAAGAGAGACUGUUCCAGGAUCUGCCGAUGUUAAGCAUGUCAUUUUGAGAAUUGGAAGGAAUUCAAAUACGUGGGAAAAUCUUGGUUUCGGCGUACGAGAUUUUACGACAAAUGAAAAUGGAGAGUCAGCAGUUCGAACAAGACAAAAUCAUUACAAAACGAGGGAAGAAGAUAUAUUAUCAAAUAAUAUCGAAUAACAGCUUUUUAUAACAAUUAUUCGAACUUUUUUAACCAAAUAAGAAUAAUACAAUUUAAUAUAUCAAUUGCAAUACUAC